AUGAUGAAGCCAUCGGCACUCGAUCGCAUCCACGUGCGCGAGGAUGAUCCCAAGGAACUGUUCGAUAUUAUGGAAAGCGUUGGCAUCGGCAACUUUGGUGUCGUUCUCAAGGCCCGCAACCGCGCCACUGACGACAUCGUUGCUAUCAAGCAGGUCCCGCUCAGCGACACGGACAAGGAGGACCUGGACACCAUUGUAAAGGAGGUGGAGAUCCUGCAGGUGUGCGACCACCCAAACAUCGUACGCUUCUAUGGCACGUACUACUCGAUGGGGGUCCUGUGGAUCGUCAUGGAAUACUGCGAGGGCGGCUCCGUGGACACGGCAUACGAUCUGCUGCGCCGCCCGCUCUCGGAGCCGCUCAUCGCGUACGUGUGCCGCCAGACCCUGCUCGGCCUGCGCUACCUGCACGAGCGUCACGUCAUCCAUCGCGAUAUUAAGGGCAGCAACUUGCUGCUCACCAAAAACGGCCAGGUGAAGCUGGCGGACUUUGGCGUUAGCACGGAGCUCAAGCACACGUUGUCGCGGCGCAACUCCUUCAUCGGCACGGCGCUCUGGAUGGCGCCGGAGGCCCUCAUGGAGAAGGACUACGACAGCCGCGCCGACAUGUGGUCUUUGGGGAUUACCACGAUCGAGUUGGCAGAGGGGCAGCCGCCGUACCUUGGCAUGCACAUUGCCCGCGCCGUCUUUUUCAUCCCUCUCAACGAUCCGCCAACCUUGCAGGCCAAGGAGCGCUGGUCGCCGCAGAUGAACAUGUUCAUCCGCCGCCUGCUCACCAAGGACAAGGAGCUGCGCCCCUCUGCGGCCACGAUGCUGAUGGACCCCUUUGUCGAUCCUUCUGCCGUCGCCUCGCAAGAGGAGAUGGCCGCAGUUGUGGAGCAGCUCCUCACGCGGCGCCGAUCCAUGGAUGAGAAGCGGGACGGCAACGACAAGGGCAGCAACGCGUCUGCCAUGACGAUAGUCACGCGGACGUCGUCCGUGGUAGGCGCCAUCGAAGGCGCGGGCGAAGAGGAAGGCGAGGGGGUCGCUGCCAUCCCGACGGACGAGACGGCUGCUCAGUGGAUUGAUGAGCAUGUGGCGCCGCAGCGAAGAGUAUUGCCAGCUGCUGGUCGAGUAGUUGCGAGAGCUGGUGGAGGAGCCGUGACUGCAGGGGCUGCUGCUGGUGACCGCGGUGCCCCGCUUGGUGGGCGGCUGAUGCUGCUGCCGCUGCUGCACCUGGAGGACAUGUCCUUUGAGGCGCUGAGCGGGUGUCGCCGCACGCUGUUCUGCGGCAGCACCGCCAAUCCCGCUGGCGUCAGUGGAGGCGGCAUCGACGCUGUCGGCGGCGCAACCGCAUCUAGCUCCGGUCUGUUUGGCGCCGCUACUGCAGGAGGAGCGACGUUGUCCUCCGGUGGCGUGGUAAACGGGGUCGUGGGGGGCGGAUCACGUGUAGGUGGGUCUGGGACCGCGCAGGGGGCGCUAGACGGCAUCUACCCGGGAGAGGGCAACAGCAGCACAACCAUGAUGGCCAGCGCGAACCGUUACUGUCACCCGUCACUCCUGCUGCCCACAUCGGGCAGCGGUGGUGUCGGCUCGAUGGUGUCCGCGUUCUCUCCGGUACACGGGCCAUCUUCUCACGAGGCCAGAAUGGCGGCCGCGGCUGCCUAUGGCGAUGGGCUAGCCGAAGCGCUCCACUUGCUGGGCUACAAUGUAGAGAGUGUUUCCCCACUCUAUCUACGCUGCUUCGAAACGACGACGCUGAGCACGGUGCGGGACGUGUUUCUGUACAACCAAUACCUUCCCUACACCCGAGCGGUAUCAGAGGCGGAGGCGAAGCAGGCGCAGCGGAUGAAGCUGCUCUGCGGCACGGUGCUGAAGAAUGUGUGCGCCGCCACGUGUGAGGGCACGCGGAACGCGUAG